GAUUAUGAUGAUCUGUUUGGAUUAAUGUGUGGGAUAAGUUCAAUAUCAAAAUUUUUGUUUCGAAAAUAAUAAGUAUCCUAAGUGCAAUAUGAAGUGUUGGUGUUAAGACGUGUUAUGAUUUUGUUAGCGGCAUGGACUGUACUUCAAAAUUUUCAGUAUUUACUAGUACUUAAGUGACAAUAACGGUAGGAGGCCUACAAUGGCCGGAUCAGAUAUCGACAUUAAUUCACUUUUGGCACAAAGAGAUGCCAUUAUUCGGGAACAACGGGAUCAAAUCAUUCGUUUAAAACGGGAAUUGGAUGGGGUUGCUAGCGAAAGAGAUCUCCUUCUCUGCGAAAACAGCAAUCUUCGAUUUGAGCUUGAAAUGGUAGAACUCAAACGACUGCAAGAUGAAAGUUUUCCUCCAAAGAUGGAGCGCUCCCAGAUAGUUAAUUCCAUGGGCAGCUCUGAUCACAUUCAGGAACAAACAUAUAUACAAGCUCCAAGUUUCGUACAAUCGCAAAAUUAUGUGAACAAUUCGCCAAGCUCGAUCUACUGCAGGUCGCCAAAUUCUUCAAACUAUGUUUCAGUAGUGCAGCCACUUCAUAAAAAGGGAUCACUUAGAAAUGGCGAUGUUCUUAAGAGGUCUAGAGUGCAAGCAACUUACGAAUUGUCACAGGAUAUUCUGGAUAAGCAAAUCGAAGUAUUAGAACGUAAAUAUGGAGGAGAUAAAGCCCGUAGCGCAGCUCUUACGAUCCAAAGGGCGUUCCGAAGGUACACUUUACUUAAAAAAUUCGCAGCUAUAACAGCUAUGGCAAAAGCAGAGAAAAGAAUUAGUCGUAGACUUCCCGCAACUUCAGAAGACUGCAACCAAACACCCACUACCGAACAACCAUGCAACGAUUAUGCUUUCGGCUUCGAUGCCCAUGACUGUAACUCUUUACGGAUGAUGCCGGUACGAUCAAUGUCUUUGAGAGAGAGAAGACACAUAGAUAAUAUGCACAUACCCCGUAGUCAAUCAGGAACACCUACAGUUUGCUGGGAAAACUAUUCUUCCUCAUCUUUACAGCACUAUUAUUCUCCUGCUGAAAAUAAGUCGGACCUCUCCACUCAAGUGACACCUAGUAGUAGUUCUUGUGGCACUCCAGCUACACCAUCUAAUGGAUAUUUGCGCUCUAGAAAUAGCUUAUCGAGCCGGAAGGUUCCGCCAGAGGUUCCGAAAAGAACUUCUAGCAUAUCGUCAAAAUCCGUGGAGCCACAUCGUCAAAAAAGCAAUGGACUAAUAAAAACAACAGAAAAUGGCUCAUUAUCUAGUGUACAGAGCUCAGGAAGUGAUAGCAGUAUUUCUACUGAAAGAUUGCAAUGUGAAUACGCCAGCUCUCCAGUUUGGAAAAGAAAAGGCAACAACGCAUCUGAAUACGCAGAACCAGCAUUGGAAACUAGUCUUGGAAAUCUAUCUAAUGUUAGUUCUUCAACUUAUACUUUAGUAGAACGAGCAGCUGAUCAACAAGUCCCCAAUAGUUAUAAGAUUUCAGAGACCAUUCGUAAGCGCCAGUACCGAGUUGGUCUUAACUUAUUUAAUAAAAAACCCGAGAAAGGUAUUGCGUACCUUAUAAGAAGAGGAUUUUUAGAAAAUUCUCCCCAAGGUGUAGCUAGAUUUCUUAUUUCCCGGAAAGGCCUGAGUAAGCAAAUGAUCGGAGAGUAUUUAGGAAAUUUGCAAAGUCCUUUCUGUAUGGCUGUGUUGGAAUGUUUCGCUAGUGAACUGGAUCUUUCCGGAAUGCAAGUCGAUGUUGCAUUGAGGAAAUUUCAGCAACACUUCAGAAUGCCUGGAGAAGCUCAGAAAAUCGAAAGGUUAAUGGAGAUAUUCUCACAACGAUAUUGUCAAUGCAACGUGGACAUUGUUGGAAGACUGAGAUCACCAGAUACCAUUUUCGUGCUUGCUUUUGCAAUAAUAAUGUUGAAUACUGACCUACACACUCCAAGUAUAAAACCAGAGAGGCGUAUGCGAGUUGAAGACUUUAUAAAGAACCUAAGAGGAAUUGAUGAUUGUGGUGACAUAGACAGUGAUACGUUAGUAGGGGUCUACGACAGAGUCAAAGCCAACGAAUUCAAACCUGGAUCAGAUCAUGUAACUCAAGUCAUGAAAGUGCAAAGCACUAUAGUUGGCAAGAAACCGAAUAUGGCUCUACCACAUCGCAGGUUGGUGUGCUAUUGUCGUUUGUAUGAAAUACCCGAUAUUUAUAAGAAAGAAAGACCAGGUGUACAUCAAAGGGAAGUAUUCCUGUUUAAUGAUCUCCUGGUGAUUACAAAGAUUCUGAGCAAGAAGAAAUCGUCUGUUACAUAUACAUUUAGGAAUAGUUACCCUCUCUGUGGAAUGAUAGUUACUCUUUUUGAUGUUCCACAUUAUCCAUAUGGUAUUCGUCUAAGUCAACGUGUAGAUCAAAAAGUUCUAGUUACAUUUAAUGCCAGAAACGAACAUGAUAGAUGUAAAUUUGCCGAAGACCUAAAAGAAGCUGUUAGUGAAAUGGAUGAAAUGGAGAAUCUUAGGAUAGAGGCCGAAUUAGAUAGGCAAAAAUCGAACAGAGGAGGAAACAGGACAGGGACAGAGAAUCGUGAUAGCGGAGUAGCAGAUGUAGAAGGAUGUCCUUAUCAAUGUCCGUGCUCUCAGAUGCCUUCUAUGAGCGCUAAUGAGGAAGAGAUUCACAAUGAUCCUCAAAUUAAACGUUCUGCUCUUAGUAAUUCCCUUUUGGACAUCCAUGAACAGUUUGCAGGAGAAAAGGCUCAGAGAAGAGGUAGUGUCGGCUCCCUAGAUAGCGGAAUGUCGGUUUCAUUCCAAUCCACAUCAGCCAGUUCCUGUUCAAGAUCUGACAAACUAGCUGGCAAGCAACCGGGAAAAUCGGGAGUUCAUAGUCACCAAGGCCACCAAGGAUUCCUAGGAGGAAUUUUCAAAAAGCAAAGCGCAGCUGGCUCCAAGUCUACAGAGGUGUAAAAGUUUUUAUGUUUUUCUCUUACAGUGGGUAGUGUUAAUUGGUGUACUGCUCAUUUUUUGUUACCAAGUUUUUCAAAUUUUAACCAAAUUUUAUUUCGAUGCCCUUAGGUAAGUCUGUUAUAAUACUCAUCAGAAGUAGAUAUAUUUGAUAUUUAUUUGCUUUGAAAAAAUCUAAGUCCAAUAUAUCUGUCCCUGCCUGUAAUGUUCAAAUGGUCAGAAAAAGUUAUUUAUCUCAUAAAAUUGAUAUUUUUGGAUGUACGAUCUUUUGUUUACGGGAGAGAAGUGAAAAUGUUUCUCGCUGUAGAACACAAAACCUAUAAUAACAUAUAUGCUCUUGCUUCAAAGUUCGAAAUAUGUACAACUUUAUAUUAUAUAGUAAGCAGGGUAUGUAAAUGUAAAAAAUAAAUUUGGCACUAUUUAAUUUGUUAGAUGUUAUUUAAUUUUCAAGCAUUUGGAUGGUAUUAUAAUAGACAGAAUGUCUAUUUAGCACAUAUAUACAUUAAUAUAUAGAAUUAAUUCGGUUUAUUUAGUGAAAUUGUUACAUCUCACCAUGUACUUUUCCAUUUUGAUACUUAUCAGUGUUUUUUUACUAAAUUGUGUAACUGUUUUUGAUAUAUCACAUGAAUUCGUGAAUUUAAUUGUAACUGUAUAUAUCUAAUAAUAACAUUUAUGUACCGAAUUUUUCACUGUUUAAUAUUUUUGGAAAAAGUUAGUGUCCGUUUUUUAAAAACAUUACCACAAUGCAGGGGACUGUCUUUAUUUAUUAAAUCGCACUAAAUAUCGAUGGAUUUGUUCUAGUUGCAUAUAUUAUGCGUUGAAGAUGUGAUUUGCUAUUUUAGUGGUUAAUAUUUAUCUUAAAGUACCACCGUAGUAUUUUUUCUAUACAGUUAGCAGUAUUAUUGAAUUUAAUUUAAUAUGUUAAAAAAUUCAAAUCUGGAGUUAUGGGUCCAUAAAUAUUAAACAAUUUAAAUUCGGAAUUUGAGGAUUUGCAAGUCAUUUUUAAAUAUAAUUAAAUUCUAAAAUCGCUUGUUUUUUGGUAUAAAUAACGCUCUAAUUCUUAAUAAAUAAAUCCUAAUGAAUAAUUACAAUGAAUAAUUGUAGAAUAAUUUGAUAUGAAAAGUAAAUUGGUGUUUUGUAUAAAGAGUGAAUCGUACUAUACUAUACUGAUGACAUUGGUGUUAAACUUACCUAGAACUAAAUUAAUAUUAAAAUAAUCGUAUGCAAUAAUCCAUAUAUUUCCAAAUACUACGAAGUUAAAGUUUUCAAUAAAAACCAAUUUAUUUCGAAGUCUAGGUAAAUUAAAAACGAAUAAGUCCGAAUCAUUUAUAUUUAUUUUGUUUGUGUGGUUUACUUUAUGUGUUCUAGAUUAAUGCAUAAUAGAGAUGAGUUUCACAUCCUGAGAUGUCACAAUCGCAAAGUGCAACAAUGAAAUGUGUCAGUCAUUGCUACAUGUUAUUGAAUUUUAACAUUAAACCAGGUAAUACAGUUUAUGUACAAUGCUAGACAGCUACAAUGAUAGUCGCAUUCAAUUAAACUUGAAAUUCAGUAUGUGGCGAAUUAAACAAACAAUGGUCUAUUACGAGAUAAUUAAUAAUAAUUAAAGUAAUAUCGACUAUAUUUCCUUCGAUAGCCCUGGCGAGAUAAAUAAACUUUAACCCAUACAAAAACAUUGUAGAGGUUUGAGAUAAAACUAGGGUUGGACUUACCUGUAAAUUCAGUGGUCUUUUUACACUAUUUUACAGCAACAACGAACAAGCGAAUUGGACAUGUGUAUUGGUAGAUUCUCUAUUUGCAUCUUCAAUCUUUAGACACUAAUAAAGUGCCAAAGAGAAUUACGGCAAUUAUUAUUAAUAAAUACUACAAGACCGUAGGAGUGCCAUUAUUUGAAAAGUUGUACAUACACGUUACAUUCCUGUGUAGUUUUGUUGCCACUCACGAGAUUAUUUUUUGUAGAAAGUUACUCCGUCUUCCCUCCUUUUUUAAUUGUAUAAAUCUGUUAUUCUUUUAUUCUAUUAAACAUAUAAUUUAUCAUUAGAUUUUCAUCUCAUUCUUGGUCUGAUUGGUGUAUGUUCCGGUAUGGGUUUUAUUUCAUAAUUUUUUAUUGCAUUUUAAUAUCCCAUUAUUUGAAUGUGUUGGUGCAAUUGAAUUGAAAUUGUUGUACUUACAAAGUGAAACAAAAUGAAUGCAACAAUCUCGAAAUUGAGAUAUGUGAAAGAACUUAGGAGCUGUAUGCUAGUUAAUUACAGAGAUAGAAACGUUAAUUCUACAAACAAGACGUAAUAAAUACUAUGUAAUCUCAUUGGAUUAUUUUGUCACCUCAAAUCUACAACCAGGUAACUCAUAUUCAAAGUUUUUGCAAGGUUUGAAUUUCUUUGUAGCGUAAAACUGACAUAAUUAACAUUUUUACCUUCUCUGCUGACCAUCCAUGAUGGAUUUAAUAAUGGACGUAUUUUACGAGAUUGGGAAUAUCUGAAGAAACAUCGGAAAACUCCUAGUUAUCUAGUUAUUGCAUUUGUAGGCUUUAUACAAAAAUCUCAGUUAUGUACUUAGUGCACUAGACAGGGUGUGGCGCGACAAGUUUUGAUUAAAAGUAAUGGCAGAUAUAGUUAUGUUAAAAAUCUGAAAUUACGGAGCUGUAAGUUUUCGAUGACGCUAACUUGAAAUAUAAUGUUGUCCUGAAUGUGGCACUUUCGGUUAUACAGGAAGUAGAUGUCAGCUGUGUUAUUUUAAAUAGAACUUAAAUUUUUUUAAUUUAUUUUCGAAUUUUGCAUAUUAUUUUCUUUGCAUAUUAUCUAUCUCUAAAUACUAUAAAUCCUUUUGAUGUUUUUUAAUUUUGGAAAUAGGGUCGCAUUAUACCUUCCUUUGUCGUAACAGAUUUGGAAAAUAUCUCAUUUUUAAUGUAACCUCAAAUACCAAAAUCUAAAGAAACCCAGUCAGGAGAGUGAGCAGGCCAACGAAACGGGCCCUGAUUGGCAAUCCAUGUAUCAUUAAACAUGUCGUAAAGAUGCUGAGCAACUGGUCCAUAAUUCCUCUCCAUUUAUCAUUUAAAUUUUCAUCAUAAAAUUUUAAUGGUAAAAUCGUAUCGUCUUUUAUUGCACAAAAAACAUUAAAACUCCAACCAUCUACGAAAUAACAUUCUCUACUAACAUGUGGAUCUUCAUUAGACCAAAAAUAGGAAUUAUGUAGAUUAAAUAACUCAUUUUUACUAAACUUUGCUUGAUCAGACCAUAUAACUUUUUAUAAAGUUUUCAUCUCUCUAACAUUCUGUGAUGGAGGUAUUUGGAGAGUCCGAAAAAUAAUCCAAAACGUUAAAUUCGUUUAUAUCAUUAAUUCGAAACCACUAGUGGUUUCUUUUUAUUAAUUUUUGUCUUAAAUUGACCAAACUGGCGACAGUUUUUAACCGUCUGACUGGGACAUGAGUAGUCCAUAUGGCCAACUCAUUGAAAUAUCAAUGAGUUGGAUAUAUGGAGUUAACAGUCGAGCGCUUGCUGUUUAUUGGUUACAAUUUCUAGAAUCGUGAUUAAUGGAGAUAUCUUUAUUCAAUGUGGACUAGGAUUUUUUAAAAUUUAGUCAGAAAUCGAAGUAUAGGACAUUGUGCACAAAUUUUGUCUAAAAUUUCAUGUAAAAUUCGAAAAUAAAAUAAAAAAUAUUAGGUUCUAUUUAAAAUACCAAAGUUGACGUCGUCUACCGGUAUAUCCGGAAGUGGCACAUUAUAUUUCAACUCAGUUUAAUUCAAGUUGUCAAGUUGUGAUACAUGUCAAUGUGACAUGUAUCGUCUGGCGGACUGUAUCCGCCAUUACUUUUAAUCAAAACUUGUCGCGCUACACCCUGUUUACUUUUCCUCUAUUUAUAUCUUUGGCUUCUAGCUGUCUCAACAUAUAAAGUUUUGUAUUCUGAGUAAUAUUUUCAUUUCAUUUUCAUGAUUAUGUAUUUUUGUGGUUUUUGUUUUCUCGGUUAACGUGUUUUUUUAAUUGAUGUUUUGUCUUUUCCAUCUUUUUGUGGCGGGCUUGUUUUCUAUGACAAUCCUUAUUAAAUCGGCUGCAAUCGGGUAGCUAUAAUUCUAGUUAUUAGUUUUAAGGUUCUAUCUAGGAAACUUAUUACCCAUAAUUACUAGGAUCUUCUCUUUUUUUAAUUGCUUGUUUGUUUUAUCGAACAGAGUGAAUCAGUAGUUGUAAUAAGUAGUAAAUAUAAUAUACACGUGUUCGUUUAAACCAACAUUGUGAUGACCAGGCGAAAUAUUACUGUUAAAUUUUAUUUUUGCAUAUCAUAAGUUAUCCUAAUUGCAAUAUAAUCUUUUGGUAGAAUGACAAAUACGAGCUUCACUAGACUUUACUUGCCUAUUACAGCUGUAUUAAAUGUCAUGUAUAGUUGGUAUUUAUCAGAAAUAUAUGAUUUCUUAUGUCAUCAGUUGUUUCGUAUCAAGAUAUAGUAGAUAAUUUGAUCGAUCAAUUUUAGUAUUUUUGUCCAUAUUGAUAAAUAUUAUUUAUUUUGCCAUUCUAAAUAGAAGACAAUUCUCUACCAGUUUGUUUUUUGUAUAUUUACAUUUGUUUGUAUAACUUGUACUGGAUAAAGUUACCCUGUGUAUAAAAUACUACUAUAUAACAAGUAAUCUAUUUGUUUUUAUAUUUUAAGUUGUGCAUGACAAAAGUAACCAAAUAUAUUUUCACCAUUUUUAAGUGUU